AUGGAGCGAUUCAUAGAAGCCGUGAGGAAACAGCCCAGUUUGUGGAACCCCCAGCAUCCCGACUAUCGAGACGCACACAUCAAGGACGCCGCCUGGCAAAGGGUGAUCCAGGAGGUCAACAUAAGGGGCAUUCGGAACCCACCACAAGCAAAAGUGGAAUGGAAGAAGCUGCGUGACAACCACCGCGACGCGCUGAAGCGGGCCAAGCUCGGCAAGAACAAGCUGCUGCCGGCGCAAGUCACCACCUGGAAGUACGCCAAGGCCAUGCAGUUCCUGGAGCCGCACAUGAAGCACCGCAUCACCGAGCACAUCGACAUGACCGAGCUGUACGUGCCCGAGCAGGACGUGUCCACGACGGAGGACGGCUCCGAGAGCCAGCAGGCCAUGAAGCGCCGCCGCGUGGAACUCACCAGCAGCGUCAACGGAAACGCACUGGAAUCAUUCUUCAGCUGCAUGCUGCAAAGCACCAAAGAAAUGCCCCUGUGGAUGCAGACGCAAGUCAAGAAAAAUAUAUUUUCUGUUAUCAUUGAGGCGGAACAACAGUUGAAUAUGCAGAGGCACGGGGAUGAGGCGUUGGAUGAGGAUUUGGGUGUGGAAGUGAAGACUGAAAUAGUGACCGACGAUUACUCGCAUCACUCGCAGAGCAGCUGCUCCGACUGAGGGUCGGGCUCGGGGUGUGUCUCGCGGCUGUCGCAUAGCAGUUCUGAUUCUAAGUAGGCGCAUUUCCCAGUGUUUUUUUGUUUACUAGUCACCUGCUAGGUGCCAAACAGUCGCUGGUAACCCUGGUAGGAAAUAGGAAUGUAAAUUAUUUGAUUUGGAUAACUUAAAUUAUCCUCAAACGACCAUCAGAUAUGCUAAAUAUAGAUGUGUGCAGGUUUCGCCUCGAUCUUUUCCUAAUUCCAAAGAACUUUUGGUGUAUUUCUCGACGAAAUUCGAUGUAGGCAUAGCCACAUCAUUUAUUUUAUAUCCCAAAAUACAAAUAAAUAAUAAUAUAAUCAUAUAUACAAAGCUUGUGAAGCGAUGCGUUAUAAAUUCCUCUCGAUGUUACUGCUUUCACAAACACUAUUGACACAUUUAUUAUGUUAUAAUAUGACUGUUACUUAACUAACAAUAGUGCUAUACUUAUGUUAGCGUUUAAAUAAAGACAUAAUUCAUCUAUCUAAAAAAAAUAAUUAACGACACUCUGUAGUAAGACACACACAUUGUCUCACAUUGAUUGUUAGAAAUACUUAUAAUAGGUACUAAUCUCUGAAAGAUCUCAUUAUGAACGAUUUCUAACUUAGUAACUAUAGUAUAGUUAAUUAUAAAGUAUUUUUGUGUUAUUUAAUGUUAAAUUAGUAUAAGUACUAGGUAAAAGUAAUUACAUUGUCGGUAAUUACUAAUUAGAUAAGUAAAGAAAAUAAUAAACUGGAUUAUAAAAACCCUAAAUUG